CAUCAAUGUGAUGGAUGCGGUUGGUAUUCGAACUGCAUCGUUACCAACCCAUGAGGUAGCCGAUACCUUCUUGGAAAAUAGCAAUAAACAACGAGCCGCUUUGCCGAGUAUAUCUAGCUAAAGAUAUCUCCAAUAUCUAGAUAAGAUAGAAAGAUACCUUAACCAUCAGACUAUCAUUUGAUUUGUAAUUCAUAGCAGCCACUAGAACUGGUAUUCUAGCGUAUAUUCCUGCCAUGUCUCUGCCUCCUUACACCCCAGCUGCCCCUACCAAGGAGCCCUUGGACUACGUCAAGCUUGUCAAUCUUGACCUUUCUAAAUUCGACGAUCCGGUUGGACGAGAAGAGCUUGCUAGAGAGCUCUAUGAAGCCGCGACUGGAUACGGCUUCUUGACACUUACAAACCAUGGUAUCUCGGACGAAGUCUACGAGCGGCAGAUGCAGAUCGCAAAUGCUGUUAUGACUCUGCCGCCGGAGGAGAAGGUUCCCUACGAAGUAACCCCAGAGGAAGACGCUCGAGGUCUUUAUGUUGGGUUUAAGCCUUCUGGCCCGCUUGGCCACAAGGGUGGCUUUCCUAAGCAACUCGAUCAUUACAAUAUCCUUGUCCAUGACCCGAAGAAUCGACCACACCCUGAGAUCUUGCGACCGCACCUAAAAGAAACCCAAGAGGUCAUGCAGUUCAUUCGGUCCAACAUCUUGAAAAAGAUGCUUACCUUGAUGGCCAUGAUACUUCAAGUUCCCGACGAAGUGGUGCAAGCCACUCACGCACCCGGUGGUUCUAAGACCGAAUACAUUCGCUACAUGAUGUGCGAACCUCGUCCUAAAGAGGAGAGCGAGAAGUAUCGCGACAUCUUUCUGUCGGGUCACACGGAUUGGGGUUCUUGGACUUUCCUCUUCUCGCAGCCCAUUGCAGCGCUGCAAGUCCUAGAUCAUACCGAUGGGAGAUAUCGUUGGGUUGAGCAUCAACCUAAGGGCCUAGUUGUCAACUUCGGCGAGGCCACAGAGCGCCUUACCGGUGGUCUGUUCAAGGCUACCAUCCACAGAGUUGUCCAGCCGCCCCCUGACCAACGCCACUUGAGACGCAUUGGAGUCAUCUACUUCGCUCGACCAGCCGAUGAUCGGGAAUUAGUACCGAUCGAAGGAUCGCCUCUCUUGGAAUCUAUGGGGGCUAAUAAGCCCAUCGAUGAUAGAGUUUUCUGCAUGGCAGAUUACUUGGAUGCUCGGAAACAUGGCUGGAAGCGUUUUGAGUAUGAUAUCGACCGUCCUGCUGAUCCUACGAAACAUGCGGACUUUUUUGCCGGCGAGUAUCCGGAUCCUGAAGGUCACAAGAGUCUGGGGAAGUUUGACAACGUUCCAAGGGAUGUCUAUGUUCCAGUCUUGAAGACUUGAUGCAUUGUUGGGCGAGUAUAGUGGGCCUACUUAGAAAAGCGCCCUAUCUUCUAGGCCAUUGAUGCAUUAUGCUAUUCUAUAUUUGCACAGCCAAGAAAUCUCAAUAUGAUAUAUGAACGUAUUAUACCAAUAAUUAGGAUAGUUGCUAGAAGCUCUAUGGAAUUAUUUUCCUUUUUCCCUA